GCACACAUGAAUGACCAAGAUAAGGACAGAAUUGCCCUCAGGAUUGCCUCUAUAGCUAAGACCAAGCUGGCUACUGUUGUGAGAGUUCUGCUGGAGAAAUUGCAACAGGAUAAGCAAAACAGAGUAGCCAUUUACUAUAUCCUGGAGGGGGUGUUACAGCAGGACACCGGGGGCCUAGAGAUAAGGCUAGUGAAAAACAUUGUAAGCCUAGCCUCAGACCAGAUGAGAGAGACUCAGGAAGCAACAAAUGAGGUAAAAGUGGCAGCUAGCAACACGUUAGUGACUCUGGCAAGCUGCUAUUUUGAUCAUGUCAUGUAUGAGCUGCACUGUCACCUGAAACCACCGAAGCUGCCUGAAGAGUUUAUUUUAGUUACGCUGGGCAACCUGUCAUCAGCCUAUGCACGUAAGUGUAUCCCUUUUGUGAGAGUGACCCUGAACACCAUGUUCUCCAUGCUGGAGUUCGUCAAGGACGGCAGGCUGAGACAAGCAUUUUGCGGUGGUGAUGCUCAGUAAGGGGUUAAUCCUGUGCCUUU